CCAAAUCUUGCGCGCAACCGAUCCCACAGCCCCACGGCGACGCGGCCAUCUCUCUCGAUGGCGAUCCUUGGUCCUGUCUCCCGGCGCACGAUAUCAGUAUCGCCUGUCGUGCAGAAACUUCGCCCCCCGAUUGCCCCUUCGCUUCCUUCCCUCCUUGAAGCGCCGGGUUCACGGUUUCUCAUGUCGCGGCCACGGCCUCGCUGGUCCCCUCCCGUCGAACCUGAGAAACCAUCAGUGCCCUACAGGAAAGGCUUUCAAUUUACUGCCAGCCGCGUCCAAGCGCCGCCACCCUUUCUUGGUCGUUAUGCCAAGGUUCCAACCGGCCCAUUCCUCGAGUUCCUCGACAAACACCGCUGCGUGAGCCGCGAGUUUCUUCACUCCACAACCUUAACUGACUAUUGCCUUGCCACCGCCUCAUAUCCGCUGCCGUGUACGGAGCUUGGGGAGACGGCAUCUUUCGAAGUUCUUGAGGAACUCACUGUUGGAGAUGGCGGCGGCCGUGGCCGCGGUUCCCAGGUUAUCACUUGCGCUCGGCAUGGCACAAACGACGUCCUGGUGGCGAAGGUCUACGAUCCACUCUACUAUCCCUUCGCCGAUGACGAUUUUCCUUAUAUGCCGAACAACGUUAUUCUGAGAGCUGAAAGCGAUUUUACUCUCGAAUCCGCCGCGUACUCCCAGCUGGAUGGGAAGCUUGGUGGCAGCUUGAUUCCCAAGUUCUACGGAUCCUGGCUGCUCUGGCUCCCCCUUAAGGAUGUUCGCAGACCCGUUGGUUUCACCCUGAUGGAACUGGUGAAGGGCGUGCCAUUGAAUGCCCUCGAUCCCAAGCACUACACGCCGCAAGAACGGCUCCGCGUCAUUGCACUGUCGAUGGAAGCAGCACUCGAGAUACGCUUCGCUGGAGUCAUGCACGAUGACAUUGCACCACGAAACAUCAUUUGCUCCGGGAAGGAUUUCUCUGCCCCAGAUUUCUCAAUCAGGGUCAUCGACUUCAACUUCGUCACUGUCUUUCCUCUCUUGGGCUUGAGGCCUCCUUGCGAUUCCGAGCCGCUGCCUGAAUCACCCAUCGAGUGGUUCUGGAACUCGCGGCCACCCGACAUGCGGGACUGGCUGCCGGACGGAUGGAGGAAAGGCGACGAAGGGAGAAGGUUGUGGAAUCAGUGGUUGAAGGAAACAUGGGCCGGCACGACAAGGUUUAAACCAGCACCAGAGCACCUACUCAACGCCGAAUAAAAAGACGGCCAUCCCUCUCC